UUCAGUCCAGGUUCAAGUACAAAUCUUAAACAAUGGCCUGGUCUCGUUCACAGCUUCUCACAAUACUGGCCUUGAUCUUCACAUUGCUUGUGAACAGCCAGUGCCAUGCAAGGAGUCUGCAGAUGGAACCAAAAGAGAUGUAUGAUCCUUAUUUCAAGCAGUCUGAUCAUCUUGCUAUGCCAAAGAGGGUUCUAGGCAGCAAAACGGCACUUGUUUCCCUCGGCAUUGAGAUGUACCAUAGCUUUUCAGAUUUGUUUGGUCAAAUAUUUGGGGGGAAAACCCAAGGAUAGUUAUAUAUAUGUUCGGCUUUUGGUUUCUUUAUGGAUCAUUUGCAGAUAGACUCAGUCAAUCAAAAUGAAGCAGAAAAAUAAAGAAGGAUUGAAGGUGUCCUGGUAGUUUAUGCAGCUGAAGAAUAAAAGAAAGGAGUUUGUCCAAGCUUAUGUAUUUGUUUAUUCAACUGAACCAACUGAAUACUCUUAUUCCUAAGUUUCAGUUUAUAAUAAAGUCUUACAAAUAAU